AUGUCCCGCCUCCUCCUCCGUACUCCCCGCCUCACAGCUUCCGCACUAGGACUCACCUCCUACGCUUCCUAUUCCCUGCUCCAAUCACACCGCUUUCCCGCGCGCUUGGAUUCGCUCUCCUCGCCGCUGUCGAAGAAUGGGAAUGCGCCGAUGAUUAAGAAGGGGGGUGGCUUGGAUUCGAAGACGGUGAGCCAGAUUAGUAGUGGGAGUAUCGUCGGACUAGGAGCCGGUCUGGCUGUCAGUACAUUUUCGCGUUCGCUCGCGCUGAUCAUCGGUUUAAUGGUCGUGGGGAUACAAUGGGCCUCUUCCCACGGCCUCGAUAUCGUCCCUACAGACCGAAUUCAGCGCUAUAUCAAACAUGUUAAUUUGCGUUCCCUCGUGGAAGAAAACGUGGCGUUUAAAGUUUCUUUCGGUACCACUUUUGCUAUGGCUGCUUUUAUGCGAUUUUAG